AUGUCAUCUAGCAGAAAACUAAGUAAAUACAAGCAGCAGGACAUAGAACAAGCUUUGGAAAUGGUUCGUCGGGGAGUUUUCGUCCGGUAUGCUGCUAAAGUUUACGGAAUUCCACAAUCAACUUUGAGAGACAAGAUUAACUAUAAGUAUCCGGGAAAUUCGUCGCCUGGGAAGUCACCAAUUCUUAGUCAGGAAGAGGAAGCUAAAAUAGAAAAGUGGGCCAUCUCUGUUGCUCGUGCAGGAUUUCCUGUAACUAAAAACCAACUCCGUGUAAGUGUCGCCCAGUAUCUAAAAAGGUCUAAAAAAGUAACACCGUUCGUUCGUUGGUGUACCCGGAAAAAGUGGAUGAUAUUAUUUUUAAAACGGCAUCCGAGUAUCAAGAUCUGCAAACCAAGUACGAUGGCCCGGUACAGAGCUACAGUGAAAGAGGAAGAUGUCAGAGAUUGGUUCGAAAAAAAUGAAAGUUUUUUGGAUUCAGAAGGUUUGAAACAGUUAUUGGAAUGCCCUGACAGAAUUUUCAACCUUGACAAAACUUCUUUUGAGUUAGUUGUUAGAAAAAGGAAAUGCCUGGGACCUAAAGGAAUGAAGCGAGUAUAUUCAGUGUUCGGAAACAAUGAAAAAGAGAGCUACACAGCUCUUUUUACGGCUAGUGCUGCCGGAACGUUGAUUCCACCGUUGAUACUCUUUCCAUACAAAUGCCGAAUUCCAUUUCACGUCAUCCGUAGUGUUCCACUCGAAUGGGGAAUCGGAAGAACAGAAUCGGGCUGGAUGACCAGUAACGCUUUUUUCGACUUUCUUAGGAACAUUUUUAAGCCGUGGCUUGUUAAAAACAACGUAGAACUUCCCAUUUUUCUUUUCGUGGACGGACAUAAGAGUCAUACCACCCUUCAAGUAGCCGACUUUUGCAAACAGGCUGGUAUAAUUCUUGUAUGUCUGUACCCUAACUCCACCCAUAUUACCCAACCGCUUGACGUAGGAUAUUUCGCGCCCUUAAAAAAACAAUGGGAAGAGCAGCUCUUGCGAUUUCGAUCGAAAAAUGGAAUGAGACCUAUUUCCAAAUCUGAAAUUUGCCCUCUUAUCGCUUCGACUUUGAAAAGUUUUGAAAAUAUAGUCAAUGUUAUCCAAAGUAGUUUCCGAGGUUCCGGCAUUUAUCCGUGGAUUCCUAAUGCAAUCAAAUUUUCAUCGCUCCCGUCUGCUGUUUAUACGCAGCCUGACAGUGUCAAGGAAACGGUGACGACCGAUAACGAACAGCCGUUUAUAGAACACAACUUCCUGGAAAAUUUUGAAACAUUCCUUACUGCAGAGCAGAAAGCAGAGUUUGAACGACAAAUAAAAUCGGACUCCUGGCAUGUACCACUAGAAGAUAAAAAUCUGUAUCAGGUAUGGCGGUACAUACGGGCAAAGUUACAUCCAGACCAACAGGACGAACGAAGCAGCUACAGCGAGGAUUUUCUAGGAUUCGACGAUGAAGAUAAAAAUACAACUGUUUUGGAAGGCGCUGACAUACCUACUCAACUUGAAGACACCAGUUAUACAAACACUUUGGCAGAUAAAAUAAAUACUGGGGAAGAAAAGGAUUUAGUUAUUGAUGCAAAGGAUUGUUUCGACGAAGUUUUCGUUAUGCCUGCUACUGAAAAUCGCGGGACACGAGCCAAAAUGGCCACAAGUCUACCGUCAGUAGCUACUAGUGAAGAGUUUAUGGCCUAUAUGGAUGCGAAAGAGAAAAAAAAGCAAGCUGCGGAGGAACUAAAGGUGAAAAAACGCAUAGAGAGACGAAAACGAAAGCUCGAUAAAGAGUCACUAAAAAAAGCUAAACGCACACAAACACUAAAGCGCAAAACACCAAAUAAAGAAGCUCAAUUUAAAAAGAAAACCACUGUAAAAUCAAGUCGUGAUAAUCAUCUGUAA